AUGGGGCGAAAAUUAGACGUCACUGGUCUUUGCGGCGUGUUCUGCGAUCGUCAUCAUCAUGUACUCCUCCUCGCGCUUUUGGGCUGCUGCUGCUGCUGCUGCUGCUGUAGCUCUCUGGGCUCUCCCGGGUGUAUACGCUCUUCCCGGGCCGUCGUUGGUGGCUCGCUCCGAGUGCCAGAACGCGUUGACGGAGGCAAAUGUGAGUUCGUAAAGGUGAGACUGUUCGGCUCCCCGUUUGUUGACGCGUGGCUGUUUCAGAGCGUGGUCGAUCGCCUUCUCACGAAUUGGCUGAACUAUACGACUGGCCAGUUUAUGGAUGGGGACUUCUGGGUGGACUGCAACACCUGGGAGGACAUCGAGAACUAUCAGCUUGCGGCGAACAGCGAUGCGUACGCUAAUAUUUCCUCGCUUGGAUACCUCGGGAAGAAUGCCUUGGAUGCGUCUACGAACUGGACAGAGCUGCUUGGUGGCAGCUAUGAUGAUGCACAGUGGGCAAUCUUGUCACUCUGGAGAAUGGCUGACUACGAGUCUGGCCAUGGCCAAGACAAUACGCCUUACCUCAACGCUGCGAGCACUAUUUAUGACCUCGUGUCUGAACAGUGGGAUGACUACUGCGGGGGCGGAGGUAGGCGCCGCCAAAUGAGUCUCGUCCAUUCCCGUGCUGAAUAUUUCUGGCUAGUCAACUCGGGGAUGCAGAACGCGCAGCUGCUCUACAACGAUGGCUUGAGUGAUAAUUGCACCAACAACGGUCAAACAGCGUGGACCUAUAAUCAGGCUGUGGUUGCCUCGGGCCUCGGAGCGCUAUACAAAGCUACUGGGAACGCGACGCUUCUUGAUGUCGCAGAGACGAGUUUGGACGCGACAAUUAUGAGUCUUACAGACGACGGGAUCCUCAAGGAGGCCUGCGACGACGCCGUCGGUGGUAGCACUGAGUGCAGUCAUAAUUCCCAACUGUUCAAGGGUCUGUGGAUGAAGCACUUGUCGUACUACCUCACGUACGCGAAUGACUCGUCGCGCACCGCGAAGUAUGCGCAGUUCAUUACGGCGCAGUAUGAUGCUAUCCUUCAAAACGCGAUGAACGCUCAGUACGACAUUGGUUCGGUUUGGUAUGCACCCAACCAGGGAGGCUCGGUUUUCCAGCCCGAGGCAUCUGCGAGUGGUUUGGAGGGGAUUCUUGCUGAUGCGCAGGUGUGUAUGAUGCAGGCCGUCUAA